UAGAUUGUCCGGAGGAUGAGCGCAGGGAAGAACCCGCGAGUGACCUUUGCCAACGACGUGAAACCCGCCUGCGUGAGGUGGACCCAGAUGGAUUUCUGGGAUGGGAUGAAGCAUGGAUGCUUGAUGCCCCAAAUCACUGCCAAAGAUCAAAAAUCUGUCUGGGAUGCAGUGUCUGUCUACAUCCAGGAGCACCUCUUGCUUCACCAGGGUGUCCGUAUUCCUGCCCUUGGCUCCUUUGAUGUUGUCCCCAAAUGGGUCAAGGUUGGGAAUGAGACAAUAAUUUUCCUGAAGCCUGUGUUUUACAUGGCCAGGAACCUUAUAGUUUCUCACAACCUCAUGGACAACAAGGAGUACCUGCCAGGCCAUAAGGAGCUGGAACCCCUCAAAUUUGGUGAGGUGGCUGCAGCUGCCUCUGUGUCCUGGAAGAAGGUGGAGGGCUGCAUCCAAGGCACAAUGUCCCUCAUCUCUCGCUGCGUGGGGAAGGGGGAGAACAUCGCCCUCGUCCUGACGGACGUAGGGGUGCUCCUCAUCGAAGGACAAAGGAAAUUCUAUUAUGAAUUCCUGGAGGUGUUGUCUGGGAAGGAGAACCUUCAGAAGGUCCCCCAGCUGAUGGACGUGGUGGUGUCGCGGCUGGAACCCGUGGCCUCCCUGACCUUCUCUGGCCGUGUCAUCAUCUUUCCUAAGUUUGAAAUGGAGAGUGUGCCCAAACCACCACCACGCAGAGGCCAUCUCAAGGCCCAUGAUGGUGACAAGCAGAAGAAGGAAGGGGCUUUGCCAGCUCUCAGGCAGGGCAAGAAAGUGGGAUUUUUGUCCCUCAGCCGCUCACAGAUGACAACACAAGCGGCCUCUCAGCAGUGGGAAAAGGCGGUGAUAAAGCAGAGGACGGCCUUGCUCAGCAAGCUACCAGCGAUCCCGGAGCUGCUUCCUCAGAAGGGCAGAGGCCCACCACAGGGCAAAUCUGCAAGCAGAGGCCAAGCAGGAGACCUGGGCCGAGCAAAGGCAGCCAAAGGCUGGAGGUUCGGAAGGGAAGGAGCAGAGAAAUUUCUCUGUGAAGCCGAAAUGCUGAAGGCAGCUGCAGGAAGGCGCUCCCACCCUCGAGAGGCCACCACGCUGACGGUCCCUGUCAUAAGCAUCCUAUCGCCAGUGAGCUCGGAGGCCAGCCUCCCCGAGGAACCCACCUACAAUGUCUUUAAACUACAGCCACCGAGGGGCGAGGCAGUGCAGCUGCUAAAAUCGAGGCCCGAGUCUUUCUGGUCGCUGAUGAAAGAACCUCAGAAGAAGGUGCUGUCAGCACACAGCACAAAGAGCCCCCAGACGCUGCCACCGCUGUGUGAAGCGCCCGUGUCACUGCAGCCCUAUCCACCAAAGGGCAGACCAGGGAUCUCCAGGACGGAGAGGCCCUGGCCACACUGAUCAGGGCUUGCAGUGCCCUGAGGAGAGAUCGUUCCUCUGGAGGAGGCCGGACAGAAAUCCAUCAGUCUUUGGACCGUGAGGACCAUGAGAUGGAGGAAAACAUGAGGAAUGUUUUGUGAAA